AUGUUUAGAGGCACCGUCAGGAAAACGAUUCCGUUGGUAGCAUUUGCUAUGGGUGCUGUGGCGUUCCCUAAAGAGUGGAGGAAAGGUCAAUUUGGAGCUGAUCGCAAACUCAAUCAUAUCAACGAAUCUGUCAUUCAACAAAUUGAGGCGACUGAUGAUUACAAGAAGUUAGCAGCUAACCCCGAGGUCAGACACUACACUUCAAGCAAGUCAUUUCCUGAACAACAUCGUAACAACUACAUAAACACUGGUAUUCUAUUUGGACCUGAUUUGAUGGAAAUCGAUCCACUAGUGUUUGUUAAUGAAACAACAGGAGAGUUGACUAGUUUCUACCAUUUGGGAGAUAAAUUGAUUAGUCAAGAUGGACAAAUCCACAAUGGUAUUAUCUCCACCAUCUUGGAUGAAGGGUUGUGCUCUGCUGGGUUUGGAAAACUUCCAUCAAAAAGAGGAGUCACUGCUAGUUUGCAAAUUGAUUUUGAAAAUCAAGCUCCACCACAAAGCACAGUUGUAUUGCACUCUAAAGUGAUAGAAGCUAAAGGUAGAAAAGUUGUUAUUGAAGGUCAUCUACAAACAUUGGCCGAGAAUCCUUUGUUGAUUGCGAAAGCGAAAUGUGUUCUCGUUGAACCCAGGUGGUUCAAAUACUUUUCUUGGUUGCAAAUUUGA